AUGUCCUGGAAAGAAAGCAACCGCCACAAAACCAUCCUCUGCGCCGCGGAAACCGGCAAGUACGGCGUGAUAGCAGCAAUAGCCUACAACAUUGAACAAAUCCUAGGCCUAGUGCUUGCCGCCGAAACUGCCAAAAGCCCCCUAAUAAUCCAAUUCUUCCCGUGGGCCAUAACAGCAACAAAUGGCCUGCUAGUCCGCACAGCAGCAGAAGCCGCCAAACGCGCGAGCGUCCCAAUCAGCAUCCACCUCGACCACGCGCAAUCCGAGGAAAUUAUCAAACGCGCCGCGGAUGAACUCCCUUUUGACAGUAUCAUGGUUGAUAUGUCACAUUAUGAGAAGGAGGAGAAUCUGACCAAGACCCGGGCGCUUGUGGAAUAUUGUAAUGCUCGGCAGAUUGCUACUGAGGCUGAGCCUGGGCGCAUUGAAGGGGGCGAGGAUGGUGUUAUGGAUACCGAGGGACUGAAGGCUUGUAUGACUACCGCUGAAGAGGUUGAUGAGUUUGUUGCCACUGGUGUUGAUGCGCUUGCGCCUGCUUUUGGGAAUGUUCAUGGAGAGUAUGGGCCUGUCGGGCCACAGUUGGAUUAUGAAACAUUCAAAAAUAUUCGUCAACAGGCUGGUGGACGAGUUCAUCUCGCGCUUCAUGGUACCAAUGGUUUCUCGCCGGAGACGAUGAAGCGUUGUAUUGCGGCGGGUGUUACCAAGAUCAAUGUUAACAAACUUGUCUUGGAUGACUACUAUAAUCAUCUUCAUGCCAAUGUGGGUAAGAUGCCGCACACUCAGUUGCUUGAGGAGGGGAUUCAGAAGGUGGCCGAUUUGACUGUGAGAUGGAUGGAGAUUUGUGGGUCUGCUGGAACGGCAUGA